AGCGACAGAAACUCGCAACGGAGACUUGCAGUUUAAGCACUGACUUGACCAGGCUCUCAAUUGUCCUGAUCUUCCUCGUCGUUACCUUUCCUUCCGCAAACACGACGACCACACGAGGAUCCCUACACGUUACAUCUUUGCUUCGAAGUCCACAACCAUCCUAGGUCCAUCGCCAGUAGUUCUCACUCAUUUUUUCUAUACGUUCCAUUCCGCACAAGCCGUAGCGCCACAAGUGUCAUGUUAUCAACCUUCCUUCCGUCAACAUAACCCCAGCGCUAUUGCCAGCAUUGUGAAGAUGGCAUCACCUCCGACAACUCCAGGAGAGUCUAGCUCCUCCCGCAGUACUCCGGACGAAUCGGUGUCCCAUUCCUCUCGCCCUACCCCGAUAGAAGUCCGGGACGCGCAAUACACCCAUGCACAUCCGGCUGGGUUCGAGACUUCCAAUGGUUUGGGGGUUCCUGCUAAUGAACCUUUGACUAAGAAGGCAAGGGGAAGGCACGUACCUACCAAGCAAGCAGUAUUGGAACCGGGCAAACGCAGGUCAUUCACAUGUUCAAUGGAUGGCUGCGGCAAGGUAUUCUCUCGCGCAGAGCAUCUCCGUCGACACGUACGAUCCAUACACAUGGAUGAGAAACCGUUCAAGUGUGAAGAUCCUACCUGCGGAAAGCGGUUCACUCGACGUGACAAUCUUCUUCAACACCAACGAAGUCACAGACCAGCUUCAGAUACCCAGAACAUCAUCAGUUGGGAUAGUAAACCAGGUCCUCUUGAACGUGUAAACCACACGCAUGACCCACCUUCCGCCUCUAGCUCAAGCAUGGGUGUCCUUCUCCCGUCCCCGUUAACAACUAAUCCCAUGCCCAUGCCCUCAUCCUCGAGUUCACCUUCCCCUCGGGCUUCAGUUGGCCCAUCGAGACCUACACCCGAACCUGAAGUGAUGAUGACUACGAAGUUCGUACAUCAUGUACCUCCACCAUCAGUACCUGAAAUUCAAGAAGCGCCUCCGCCAAUACAUUCGCAUGCACAUUCACAUUCACAUUCACAUCAGCCUCCGAUACAACAACCAAUACAGUCUCAUCCUCAUCCUCCGAUACACCACCUUCAAGAGUUACAACAACCGAACUAUUUGCCUUGCUUUCACGGAGACACGCAUCUGCACGUUCGUUCCUCGGGGAUGGAGCCUCGCUUUGUCCGUGUUACAGUGCCAGUCGGCGAUUUAAGUUAUCACUGGACUGCCUUGUCGCAACAAGGCCGGUUAUAAGACACGAUAUCGCCGGCGGAACACGGAUUGAACGGGCUGGGUUGGUCGGUCGGUGGUUAUACGUGGUUCCAUACUGAUUGGAUGAAGGAAAGAGGUGAGAAGGGAUGUUUUGUUGGACCCUUGUCGUCAGUCAUCUGGGUUGCAUUGGAGUUUAUGACAUCUUCACGAAUUUCUUUACCCUCUCUCGCAUUUCUUGCACUCGCACACGCAAUCAUGAUGUAUUUGCUUUCUAUCGUUAGCAUUUUCAUUCUAAUUCACAAGCAUUUUUCUCUCAUCUUAUCUUGUUUUGCCUUUUGUUCACGCCCUGUAAGAUAAUCAAACCAAGGACUUGCGAGUCGAAAGCGCAAAUAAUGCCUGUAUUACGAAAGAAAGAAAAAGGACUGUGCUAUGCGGUGAAUGAAACUACUAACUGUUUAUU